UAUCAGGUACCGUGAGUAUGCAGCAUUGGCUGCUAAACAUUUGAUAGCUUGACCGUAUGUGCGCGUCAGUUUUUUUCCUUCCAAGUGCACUAAAACGACUGAAGAGAUGCUGCGUCCUACUAAGAUGACUCUUCACCUUCAUCUUUGUCUCCCCCUGCUGGCCAUGUGGCUGCAGCCCACCCUCUGCCUUUACAACUGCUCCUCUGACUAUGACAGGAUACCAGACAGUUCGGACCUGACAGUGGACUGCGGCACCAACAUGAUCAGCUUGGAGAUCAACGCGUGCACAGCUCAGUGGGCAGGCUUCAACUCCUCCAACUUGGCGCUGAACAGCAAGCACAACAUCAGCGACUGCCAGGGCGUGAUCGACUCCAGCGUGGACCCGCCCGUCAUUCGCUACCAGCUUCCAGUUAACGACAGCCUCGACAAUUCCUGUCGACAGUCCCUGCAGAUUGUGGAUGAGGCCCCGGACCCCACGGGCCCUUUCAGCAACUUCCUGAGCAUCCAGUCGGUUAUCAUCACGAGCUUCAUCGACACCCCCAAAUCAGACCAGGGAAUAAUCAGCUACUCCACUGACCUCUACUACCAUUUCUCCUGCCGCUACCCCUUAGAGUACCUGAUCAACAACACCCAAAUAGUGGCCUCCUCAGUUUCCGUGGCAACAAGUGACAACAAUGGGUCCUUCAUAGACACCCUGAAAAUGAGUGUUUUUAAUGAUACCAACUAUGGCUAUCCGUUAGUCGUACCUUCCUCCGGGCUGCAGCUGCGGACAAGGAUCUACGUGGAAGUAAAAGCUGUGAACCUGACUGGAAAUUUUCACGUGCUGCUGGAUCACUGCUUCGGAACUCCAACUGCCUACAACGUGUCGAACAAUGAGCAGCACAACUUCUUCACCGGAUGUUCAGUAGACCAGCGGGCGUCUAUUGAUACCAACGGACUCUCCAACGUGGCCCGUUUCGACUUUGAGGCCUUCCGCUUCGUUCAGCACCAGGACCAGGCCAAGUCCAGCAUCUACUUGCAUUGCAUCCUCAGACUCUGCGAGCCCACCAAAUGCCAAGAACUGCUGAACGCUUGUAGCAACAGAAAAAAAAGGUCCUUGGCUCCUUUUGGACAAGAGGGCAGCGACUCUGCCACUGUUUCCGUCGGACCUCUGUACACCACUGGAGAAGAGAGGCCUGUCGCAGCUUCUUACAGUACAAGUGACACUGCGGCGUCAGAGAAACAUGACACGGACGUGACAGGCCUGGUGGUCGGCGUCGUGUUCGGCACAGCCGCCUCCGCUCUGCUGGUCCUUGGCGGCUGGUUUGUGCUGAAGAAGUUUUAUUUGGCGGGACCUCGUUCCUUCAACUGAGACAUUGUAAAUACUACCUAAACUUUAUGGGUAUUUUCAGUGCAGACACACUAAAACGUGGAUAACGGUAACAAUUUUCUGUACUUUUGUGUGUUCAUGUAGUAUUUUGUUUAAUAACAAAACACCAUUUUAUUGUAUCUUGUUGUUUUACACUUUUUAGUCUCAUUUGCAAGUUUGUCCUAUGUGUGUUGCCAUAAUUACGAAGUAGUCUUUCCCAUUAAGUUGCAAGUGCCAGUC